AUUUCAUUUGUGAUUUGUACUGUAUAGAAUAGAUUCUAUUCAAGUUGUAUUACUGCUCAUAAUUGAUUGUGGGGUUAAAUGACACUUUGGCAAAGAAACAUUUAGAGGGUGAAGCAAUGAAGUUGGUCAAUAUAUGAAAGGGGAGUGGACAUUCAUUGGGGAAAAUAAUUUAUGAUAUAAGAUUCAAGGUGAAAGCAUCGUUAAUUGUACAUUGAAAUCGAAUAUGUCAAUAGUUGUAUCAUGUCAACUGUCAAUAAUUUAUGAUAUAAGAUUCAAGCUUUUUACUUCUGCUGAUAAAUAAGUUAUUGUGUCCAAUCUGAUAGUCAUUUAUUUUGGUGCACAAGUAUAUAUAUUAGAGUUACAUUGUUCUCUGCAACUUCUCAAUUCGACUCUGUUCAAGCUUCUAGUCAAUUUUCAUAUGUUGCUUUUCAAAUCAGAGAUCCUGACACCUGUGUUUACUUGUAUGAAGGGGAUGAUCACAGUAUAAUGAUAUAUUACCCUAGCUCGGCAGGUGGAGGAAUGAAGGAGCUGUUUAGGAAGGUUGGUAACCGAUCAAGUGAGUUCCAUCCAGAGGUUAGAAGAGUGAGACGAGAAGGCUCUUAUAUAUAUGAGGAAUUCAUGCCGACUGGAGGAACAGAUGUCAAGGUUGUACAAUUUGGGUUUGCAUCUGAGAUCUUUCAUUUCUUAUUGAAGCUAAUAAGACAAUGAGGUUAAUGGUUUUAAAUAGAAAACUUCUCAUAGAAAAGAUCAAAUGCACUUCCAUUACUAUUUUGCAUCCCUACCUUUUUUUCUUUCCGGAUGCUAUAACUGCAUGGUAAUAGAACAAGUGGUAAAGGAAUAUAGAUUAGUAUCAUUUAUAGAAGUUAUAGUCUCUCAUUUCUUACAUUAUUGAUGACACCUAUUUCAAAAAAAAGGCACUUGCUGCCACAACUGCAGUUGAGGCUCUAGAGGCGACAAUUGUUUCAGAGUCUCUUGUUAGGGAAUUAAGGUAUUACGAACUCGUUAGUGCAUUGAUGUCUUG